CACUCCCGCACUUCGGGACUCGGGUUCCCCGCCUCCCCCCCCCACCAACCCCGCUUACUGCCCCCGGCGCCGGGCUGCAGCUUACGACCCGCCGCGGCCAUGCGGGGCUCCGUGCACGGAUGAGAGAAACCGCCGCCGAGCCGGUUCCCCCUCCCGCCUUCGCCGUCACCCCUGCCGCCGCCAUGGAGGAGCCGCCGCCACCGGAGCCCGAGCCCGAGCCCGAGCCCGAGGGCUGCCCGGCGGCGAGGCAGGAGUGCAAGCUGGAAGGUUCAGCUUGCAAGAAUCCGGAAUCUGAUCCUGAGGACUUCUCUGAUGAAGCAAACCCAGAGCAUGUUUAUGGCACCUCACCCCCCAGCACACCUCGGCAGAUGAAGCGUAUGUCAAGCAAACGGAGUAAUGUUGGGAGGCCGGCCUGCCGGUCUAGUUUGAAAGAAAAAAUGAGUGUACCGUGUCAGCCUCCACAUAAAGACACUGGGAAAACAGUGGAGAAUGUGGAAGAACACAGCUACAAGCAGGAGAAGAAGAUCCGGGCAACGCUCAGAACAACAGAGCGUGAUCACAAGAAGAAUGCGCAGUGCUCGUUCAUGUUAGACUCCGUGGCUGGGCCUUUGCCAAAGAAGUCAAUUCCGGACGUGGAUCUGAAUAAACCUUACCUCAGCCUCGGCUGCAGCAAUGCCAAGCUCCCAGUCUCUGUGCCCCUGCCCAUAGCCAGAACUGCACGCCAGACUUCUCGGACGGACUGUCCAGCAGAUCGCUUAAAGUUUUUUGAAACGUUACGACUUUUGCUAAAGCUUACCUCAGUCUCAAAGAAGAAGGACAGGGAGCAAAGGGGACAAGACAAUACAUCUGCUUUCUGGUUUAACCGAUCAAAUGAAUUGAUCUGGUUAGAGCUACAAGCCUGGCAUGCAGGUCGGACCAUUAAUGACCAGGACCUGUUUUUAUACACAGCCCGCCAAGCCAUCCCAGACAUCAUCAACGAAAUCCUGACUUUCAAGGUUAAUUACGGGAGCGUCCCCUUUCUUAGAAAUGGAGCUAGUUUCAAUGGUACAUCCGUAGAAGGGCAGUGCACGGCCCCUCAUGGAGCAAAUAAUAUGGGUUCUUCAACAUACCAUGAGCAUCUCCAGCGCCAGAGGGUCUCCUUCGAGCAGGUCAAGCGGAUAAUGGAGCUGCUCGAGUACAUAGAAGCGCUGUAUCCCUCGCUGCAGGCUCUCCAGAAGGACUAUGAAAAAUACGCUGCCAAGGACUUCCAGGACAGGGUGCAGGCACUCUGCCUGUGGUUAAACAUCACAAAAGACUUAAAUCAGAAGUUAAGGAUUAUGGGCACUGUUUUGGGCAUCAAGAAUUUAUCAGACAUUGGCUGGCCAGUGUUUGAAAUCCCCUCCCCUCGGCCAUCUAAAGGCAAUGAGCCAGAAGAUGUAGAUGAGGACACGGAGGGGGAGCUGAAGGGGCUGGAAAGCAGUACGGAGGAGAGCGAUGAAGAGCAGACCCCUAACCCGAGGGGUCCUGAACUCAGGCCGUCUGCAGACCGUAGUUUGGACAUCCACUCACAGGACUGUGUGUCGGGGAAGCUGGAGAGGCUCCAGUCUGAGGAGGAGUCUGCGGGCUGGGCAGCCACAGACGGUAGCAGCGAAGCAGGCUUCAGUGAGCACUGUCUGACUUCUAUUUAUAGACCAUUUGUGGACAAGGCUCUGAAGCAGAUGGGGUUAAGAAAGCUCAUUUUAAGACUUCACAAGCUAAUGGAUGGCUCCUUGCAAAGGGCACGUGGAGCUCUGGUAAAGAGUGAUCAUCCGGUGGAGUUUUCUGAAUUUCCAGAUCCCAUGUGGGGCUCCGAUUAUGUGCAGCUGUCGAGGACACCGCCUUCACCAGAGCACAAGAGCAGUGCCGUGUCCUGGGAAGAGCUGAAGGCCAUGGACUUGCCCUCGUUCGAGCCCGCCUUCCUGGUGCUCUGCCGCGUCCUGCUGAAUGUCAUCCACGAGUGCCUGAAGCUGCGCUUAGAGCAGAGGCCUGCCGGAGAGCCCUCCCUCCUGAGCAUCAAGCAGCUGGUGCGAGAGUGUAAGGAGGUCCUGAAGGGAGGCCUCCUGAUGAAGCAGUACCACCAGUUCAUGCUGCGGGAGGUCCUGGACGGCCUGGAGCAGAGCGGCCGCAACACCGACGCCUUCGAGGAGGACCUGCACAAGAUGCUGAUGGUAUAUUUUGAUUACAUGAGAAGCUGGAUCCAAAUGCUACAGCAAUUACCUCAAGCAUCCCAUAGUUUAAAAAAUCUGUUAGAAGAAGAAUGGAAUUUCACCAAAGAAAUAACUCAUUACAUACGGGGAGGAGAAGCACAGGCUGGAAAACUUUUCUGUGACAUUGCUGGCAUGCUGCUGAAGUCCACUGGGAGCUUCCUGGAGUUUGGCCUGCAGGAGAGCUGUGCAGAGUUCUGGAGCAGCGCUGAUGACAACUGUGCCUCAGACGAGAUAAGGCGGUCAGUUGUAGAGAUCAGCCGUGCACUAAAGGAGCUCUUCCACGAAGCCAGGGAGCGAGCCUCCAAAGCUCUGGGAUUUGCUAAGAUGCUGAGGAAGGACCUGGAAAUAGCAGCAGAAUUUACGUUCUCUGCCCCAAUCCAUGAGCUCCUGGAUGUUCUGAAAGCAAAACAAUAUGUCAAGGUGCAGGUUCCUGGCUUGGACAACUUGCACAUGUUUGUUCCCGACACGCUGGCCGAGGAGAAGAGCAUUAUUCUGCAGCUGCUCAAUGCUGCGGCAGGAAAGGACUGCUCCAAGGAUCCAGAUGACAUUUUCAUUGAUGCCUUUCUGCUUCUGACCAAGCAUGGGGACCGAGCCCAGGACUCAGAAGACGGCUGGGGCUCGUGGGAGGCACAGGCUGUCAAAAUUGUGCCUCAGGUGGAGACAGUUGAUACCCUGAGAAGCAUGCAGGUGGACAAUCUUCUGUUGGUAGUCAUGGAGUCCGCUCAGCUUGUGAUUCAGAGAAAAGCCUUCCAGCAGUCCGUCGAGGGGCUGAUGACCCUGCGCCACGAGCAGACCUCCAGUCAGCCGGUCAUCGCCAGAGCUCUGCAGCAGCUUAAGGAUGAUGCGCUCGAGCUCUGCAACAGAAUAAGUGAUGCCAUUGACCGAGUGGACCUCAUGUUCCUAAUGGAGUUGGACACUGAUGUGGAUGAGUCUGAGUCAGCCACGCUGCAGCAGUACUCCCGAGAAGCAAUGAUUCAGGGCUACAAUUUUGGGUUUGAGUAUCAUAAAGAAGUUGUUCGUUUGAUGUCUGGUGAGUUCAGACAGAAGAUAGGAGACAGAUAUAUAAGCUUUGCCCGGAAGUGGAUGAACUAUGUCCUGACCAAGUGCGAGAGUGGCAGAGGAACAAGACCCAGGUGGGCAACUCAAGGAUUUGAUUUUCUACAAGCGAUUGAACCUGCCUUUAUUUCAGCUUUGCCGGAAGAUGACUUCUUGAGUUUACAGGCCUUGAUGAAUGAAUGCAUCGGUCAUGUUAUAGGAAAGCCACACAGUCCUGUUACAGCUAUCCAUCGCAACAGUCCCCGUCCAGUGAAGGUACCUCGAUGCCACAGUGACCCUCCUAACCCGCACCUCAUCAUCCCAGCUCCAGAGGGACUCAGCACUCGGAGCGUGCCUUCAGACGCUCGGAACCACGGCAGCCCUGCUGCUACUGUCGCCGCUGCUGCCACCACUGCCACCGGCCGCCCUGGCCUCAGUGGUGGUGACCCUGCACCGCCCAGACCUGUCAGCAGUGGCCCUGAUACCAGGGGAUCCAGCGUUCCUGAAAAUGAUCGACUGGCUUCCGUAGCUGCUGAAUUGCAGUUCAGGUCCCUGAGUCGGCACUCCAGCCCCACGGAGGAGCGAGAUGAGCCAGCAUAUCCAAGAAGCGAUUCAAGCGGGUCAGCACGACGAAGCUGGGAACUGCGGACGCUUAUCAGCCAGACCAAAGACACUGCUUCUAAGCAGGGACCCAUAGAGGCCAUCCAGAAGUCAGUCCGACUAUUUGAAGAAAAGAGGUAUCGAGAAAUGAGGAGAAAGAAUAUCAUCGGUCAAGUUUGCGAUACUCCUAAGUCCUAUGAUAAUGUCAUGCAUGUUGGUUUGAGGAAGGUGACCUUCAAGUGGCAAAGAGGCAACAAAAUUGGAGAAGGACAGUAUGGGAAGGUCUAUACCUGCAUCAGUGUGGACACAGGGGAGCUGAUGGCCAUGAAGGAGAUCCGGUUCCAGCCCAAUGACCAUAAGACUAUCAAGGAAACUGCAGACGAACUGAAAAUAUUCGAAGGCAUCAAGCACCCCAACCUGGUCCGGUAUUUUGGUGUGGAGCUUCACAGAGAGGAGAUGUACAUCUUCAUGGAGUACUGCGACGAGGGCACGCUGGAGGAGGUCGCCAGGCUGGGCCUUCAGGAGCACGUCAUCAGGCUGUACUCGAAGCAGAUCACCGUCGCCAUCAACGUCCUCCACGAGCACGGCAUCGUGCACCGCGACAUCAAAGGUGCCAAUAUCUUCCUUACUUCAUCUGGACUAAUCAAACUGGGAGAUUUUGGAUGCUCAGUAAAGCUUAAAAACAAUGCCCAGACCAUGCCUGGUGAGGUGAACAGCACCCUCGGGACAGCAGCUUACAUGGCACCUGAAGUCAUCACUCGUGCUAAAGGAGAAGGCCAUGGGCGUGCAGCAGACAUCUGGAGUCUGGGGUGUGUCGUCAUAGAGAUGGUGACUGGCAAGAGGCCCUGGCACGAGUAUGAGCACAACUUUCAGAUCAUGUACAAGGUGGGCAUGGGGCACAAGCCCGCCGCGCCCGAGAGGCUCAGCCCCGAGGGAAAGGACUUCCUCUCGCACUGCCUGCAGAGCGACCCGAAGAUGCGGUGGACGGCCAGCCAGCUCCUCGACCACUCUUUUAUCAAGGUUUGCACAGAUGAAGAGUGAAGCCUACCAGCCUGUGACCUAGUAGUGUGUGGACCAGGAGUCCCUUCGUCACUACUGGGUGUGGCCCAGCAAUGUGUGGAUUGGGAGUCCCUUCGUCACUACUGGGUGUGGCCCAGCAGUGUGUGGAUUGGGAGUCCCUUCGUCAGUACUGGGUGGCCCAGUAGGUGUGGAUUGGGAGUCCCUUCAUCAGUACUGGGUGGCCCAGUAGGUGUGGAUUGGGAGUCCCUUCGUCAGUACUGGAUGGCCCAGUAGAUGUGGAUUGGGAGUCCCUUCGUCACUACUGGGUGGCCCAGUAGAUGGGAUUGGGAGUUCCUUCGUCACUACUGGGUGGCCCAGUAGAUGGAAUUGGGAGUUCCUUCGUCACUACUGGGUGGCCCAGUAGGUGUGGAUUGGGAGUCCCUUCGUCAGUACUGUGUGUGGUAUUUACAUGGACUGCCGGAGCAACACAGCCUUUUUAACCUUCUGAGACUGAAGACUGCACAGGUGACAGGCGUCACUUCUCCUGCUGUCCUGCUGUCCUGUCCCUCCUGAGUGAUGGUGUCAACGAGGUUAAAGAAGCUGCUUGUCGAGUGCCAUGACUACUGUGCGCGGACCACCGCCUCUGUCCCCCAUUUCUCGUGCCCCUGAGAACGUGACAUCAGUGCAGUGUUUUUGAGCUUCUUGGGUUCUAAAGAAGUCGUAGUAUUAUCAGGUGUCCUGGACCUUAUUUUCAUCUGUUUGUUGAGUGCACUGACUGUGAAACCUUCUUGUUAUUGACAAGCUGCAGGUUUGUUAUGCAAAGGCUGAUUAGUGAAAUUGAAGAAAAGUUCUUUUUUUCAAUAAAUGGUCUAUUUUAGGAAA